GCACACUGUAGGUAUAAAAAAGUAAACACAAAGAUUGAAUAUUAAAUUCUUAAGUUUUAGCAGACGACGUUACAACUGCGUGCAAUAAAUGUUAGAAAUAAUGGCGUUAAAUGCCGUUCGUAGAUUAAGUAAUACUUUAAAACAAUUGGAUAAUAUGUUGAUAAAUGUAUUACGUCAAACAUUUGCCCCAGAACACUGGCCGGGCACGCAGGUGGCGCUGCAGGGCAGCGGCCUGGCAGGCCACGGAUCGCAGGACUGCCAACUGCCGAACGUGUGGGAGGACGGCAUGCUGUGGGCCGUGCCCAAGAGCAGGCGCUCUGUCGAGAAGCGGCUGAAGAGGAAGUUCGGGCAUCCCGACUACGUGUACAAGUUGUUGCAGCCAAAGAGAAAUCUCCUGGUGUGCAGCAACUGUGGGCAUCAUCACGAGGCGGGGGUCUUGUGUCCACACUGCUAUGAAAAAAUCCGGCUAGAAACGGAAGCAAUGCAAACAAAAAUCGAGGCAGAGCUGGGAUUGAGUCCAGUAGAGCAAGAAGUCAUAGUUCUGUACGAAGGAGAAGCAGAAGCUGAACCAAAUGAAUUCUGGAAGGGUAAACGCAUUGUGGAGAUGGACAAGCCCCGGCCCUCUUGGUUCAGCAAGAACUUACUUCAGAAAACCACGACCCCUCCGUCGGACAGCUCCGACGUGAAGCCAUCGGAGCUGGCAUGAGCCGGGUCGCACUUUUCGUACCGCACGCACUUCGCAGAGUUUAGUUUAACGUGUACAUGGUCAGAUUAUUCAAUGUAUGAUGAAAUUCAUGCACUCAAACCAAGUGCAAUCUUUGGUUUGAUGACAGUCUACCAUAUUGUACAUUCUUCUAAAUAAACAAAAAAAAACAUACUGAA